UCGCUCAGCAGAUCUCUCAGCAAAGCGACUGUCCUGUGUUGUCUCCUUCCAUUUCUGCACAACGUCUUUCAUCCAGAACCUUUUUGUUUUGACUCUAUGGAAGACUUGACCGCCCAGAAGCAAGAAAAAGAAAACCAGGAAUCAGGGGAAGAAGAGAGGCCAUUGGGAGAAAUAACAGCAGCUUCUUCCCAAGAUCUUAAGUCUGGGUUAUCUGAACCUCUGGAGUCGGAGCAGGGGCCUGAGACUGGACCCCAGUCCCGCAGCAGCCCGCCUGAGAGCCCGCAGUCUAGAGACAGCGCACCUCUCGGUGACCUCACAGAACCGGGUGCAUCAUCUCCACCUUCGCCUCCUGAGGAGCCCUCUUCCACUCCUCCUCUGGCUCUGUCCGGACAGGGCCUUGAGGCACCACUGCAGGCACACCAGACCACUAGUGUGAUUCCCGAAGCUGAGACGCCUCACUCUGAUCAUUUGAAACAGUCAUCUGAUAUAGGAGAAUCAACUCAUCAAACAUGUCAGUCAACGGGGAACGCCUUCCCACAGUUUCAGCAAACAAAUGGUUAUUUGUAUGAACCAAGGGAUGUGAGCUGUAGCAACUCUAAACAAAAAGAGCUGAGGUUUGAUAUUUUUCAGGAGGAAGACUCAAACAGUAACUACGAUCUGGAUGAGGCUGAGCCCGAAGCGGCCCCCAGUGUGCUUGAGAUUGCCAUUCAGAACGCCAAGGCUUACCUCCUGAAGACCAGUAGCGAGUCGGGCUUAAAUCUAUAUGAUCAUCUUUCUAAUGUGCUGGCCAAGAUCUUAGAUGAGCGACCUGAAAAUGCUGUGGACAUCAUUGAAAAUAUUAGCCAGGAUGUGAAGAUGGCACAUUUUAGUAAAAAAUUAGAUACACUCCAAAAUGAGAAUGAGAUGCUUCCAACAUAUGAAAUAGCAGAGAAGCAAAAGGCUCUUUUUCUUCAGGGACAUUUGGAAGGAGCUGACCAAGAACUGGAAGAUGAAAUAGCAGGAAACUCUCUUCCAAAUGUAAUGGAAUCAGCGUUUUACUUUGAACAAGCCGGAGUUGGAUUGGGCACAGAUGAGACCUACCGCGUAUUUCUUGCCCUCAAGCAGCUUACUGACACUCACCCUAUCCAAAGAUGCCGUUUCUGGGGCAAGAUCUUGGGCCUGGAAAUGAAUUAUAUUGUAGCUGAAGCGGAACUUCGUGAGGGAGAAGAUGAAGAGGAGGCAGAAGAGGAAGAUGUAACUGAAGAGAGAGACAAUGAAGACAGUGAAGGUGAGGAAGAUGAUGAAUUACCAAGAUCCUUCUACAAGGCCCCACAGGCUGUACCAAAAGAAGAAAGCAGAACAGGUGCCAACAAGUAUGUCUAUUUUGUUUGCAACGAGCCAGGAAAACCAUGGGUGAAGCUACCAUCAGUUACACCCACGCAAAUUGUUAUUGCAAGACAAAUCAAGAAGUUUUUCACUGGGCAAUUGGGAACUCCCAUCAUAAGCUACCCACCUUUCCCAGGAGAUGAGAGCAAUUACUUACGAGCACAAAUUGCCAGAAUUUCAGCAGGGACCCAUGUCAGCCCUCUAGGUUUCUAUCAGUUCAGUGAAGAGGAAGGAGAGGAGGAAGAAGAAGUAGAAGGUGGGCGAGAUAGUUUUGAAGAGAACCCUGAUUUUGAAGGCAUCCAAGUGGUUGAUCUAGUGGAAUCCCUGUCCAACUGGGUUCAUCACGUACAACAUAUUCUCCCUCAGGGUCGCUGUAAUUGGUUCAACCCCAUUCAAAAAAGUGAAGAGGAGGAAGAUGAUGAUGAAGAAAAAGAAGAAGAACUUGACUACAUAGAACAGGAAGUGGGGCCUCCUCUCUUGACACCAAUCUCUGAAGAUUUAGAGAUCCAGAGAAUACCACCUUGGACAACACGACUGUGUUCAAACCUCAUUCCUCAAUAUGCUAUUGCUGUUCUCAGAUCCAACCUCUGGCCUGGAGCAUAUGCCUUUUGCAAUGGCAAGAAGUUUGAAAAUCUCUACAUAGGCUGGGGUCAUAAAUACAGUCCAGAGAGCUACACACCCCCAGUUCCACCACCAGUUUGUCAAGAAUACCCCAGUGGACCAGAGCUUACAGAAAUGGAUGACCCCAGUGUGGAAGAGGAGCAGGCGUUCAGGGCUGCCCAAGAAGCAGCUGUACCUCCAGCUGAAGAAAAUGAAGACACUGAUGAAGAGGACUAUGACUAAUAAAAAUAAAAUUGAGCCCUUACGUCAGCAGCAAAUAUAGUAAAAUUAGUCUAGUUUUAUGAUUUACAUACAUACUCCUUGUGGGUCUAAUUACAUAUAUGUAGUUGGCAGCUAUUCAUGUGCAAAAUGUCAUUCUCUGAAAAUAGCAAACUUGGGAUUUCAUAUUUGGAACUAUUAAAAUGUGCUUAUAGAAAAAUAUGCAAGGGAUUAUCCAGAGGCUAAAUGACAUGUUCCACAUCACAGUUCUGUUACAAUUAGUGAAAUGUGCGCUCCUGUAUUUUUUUUCAAAUCUCAGGUUUCAUUUCUAUCGUGGCAGACACGAAACUGUAUAACCCACAUAAUGUUCUUGGUGACUUCAAUUUUUUUUUGAGUGUCAAGGGGUGCUGAGGCCAAAAACAUUGAUUAGGAGAGAAUUUAUAAUUCUACCACCUGCUCAAAGGCUUCAGAAACUUUAAAAUUUUUAACCUUUUACCUGUUACUGCUUAAAGAACUUUCUCAAAGACACCAUUAUCCUACAGAAAUUGGUUUGCUUUGUUUGGGGGAAAAAUGGUUUGCACAGAGAUGGCUAGCUGGGAUACCCAGAGAUUUCAGACUAGUAUUUUCUACCACUGCUUCUCUAAAACUGUGUUUUCAUUUCACUUAAAAAACUAUUUUUAAGCCCUGUUAUAUGUGCACUGAGGCUACUGACCAGCAGUUUGGAGAUCAUUAAUCUACAAACAUUGCUUGUCAAACACUUAGAAGGUACAUUUACUCAAACUUGAGCAGUACAGGAAGCCCUUCUAAGUGGUGGGGAACUAAAGGUAGAAAGGUCAUAGGCACAACCAACUAUAUUUUGGGAAGGACUCUGGGUUAAAAGGAGUGGAAUUUUGAGUGGUGAGAGACAAGCUGGAUAGGUAAGCGGGGCCCAGACUGUGUGGGAUAUCUGGAUUUUAUCCAUGGACGAGGAAGAGGACUCCACUAGGAAGUGACGAAAUCAAAUUUGUAAGGAAUGUUUUGGCUUCAAAGUAGAAGAAAGACUGACAGGAUUGACACAGGGAGACCAGUUAGUAGGCUGUCGUUAUCUAGGUAAAGCAUAAUGGUGGCAUGAAAGAGGAUUAGUGCACAGGAGAUGGAGCAGAAGCCUGCUUACUGGUCUAAAGAAAAAAAUAUUCGAAAAGGAGAUUUCCAGAAUUUCCUACUUGGCAAUACUGUUCAUUUUGGAGUGCAACUUUCAGUAUUUGAUAGAGCAGUUAAUAUUUGUAAAACUUCACCCAAGUAUAUUUUGUUCACUUUUCAUGGUAUAGUAGACAUUUGCUGCUUUCUUUUUUGAUGUUUCAUAUCCAUUUCCACAUCCACACUGACUCCCAUUUGAGAAACUGCCUCUGUGCAUGGCAUGCCUCAUGACAUCAGACAUGCCCUCUGGAAUCUGAGCUGUGGGCAGAGCCAUUCUACCCUGGCUCCUAACCUCAUUCCUGCUGUAAAGUAGACCACAGUCUAGCCUCUACAGUUGCCUCGGUUCCUGCACACAGCCCUAGUUCCUAUGGAUUCUGUGAGCUUCUCUGAUAGUCUUUCCAUGAAUUCCCUUCUGCUUAAAUCAGCCAGAGUAGGAUUCUUUCUUGCAACCUUAUAUGGCACAUCCAAGUCUGAAAGUUUCUUUUCCACAGGACACAUUCAAAACAAGACUCUAAAUCUGUUGUAUAGGUAGGAGUGAGAAUAUUUAACAAAAGCAAAUCCCUCUUUUCAGAGCCAUACCUGUUAAAUAUUAAGGUUAUUUUUUAAGUGGCAAGGAGGGAAUUUCUACAAAAGAAAAUAGAAUGUUUUACUGGUAAGAAUUUGGAAGUGAGACAGCCUGGGUUCGCACUCUGGAUUAUGAUAAUUUUCCCAGCCAAAUUAUUAAUUUGCAGAACUUCAGUUUCCUCAUACAGCUAAUAAGAGUACUUGUGUCACAGAACUACUUUGAAAAUUAAACUAAUUAAUAUACGAAAAAAUACUAAGAAUGCCUAACACAAAUAAGUACCCAAUAAAUCUUACAUAUGACAUACUACAAAACCAGUUUAU